UAUUCUCGGAGGUUUGGCCCUCGCAGGUACCCGUGCAGUAAGCCCGUACGUGGCAGUCUGAGAGCAGCACAGAGUAGCCGAGCUUGUUGCGGCUCGUCUCCUGCAACAGUCCACUCACACAAACUGGAUAUACAUUAGCAUAGAAAAUUUUUAUACCGUCAGCUUUACGUUUACGCUCUCCAUACAACCACGGAAACAUGUUUACCUUGUCGGAGCUAGUUGUCUUGCUGGCCGUCCUGUCUGCCACUGCUUCUGGCUACUUCGUUAGCAUAGACGCCCAUGCCGAGGAGUGCUUCUACGAGCGGGUCAACUCCGGUACCAAGAUGGGCCUCAUGUUUGAAGUGGCCGAAGGAGGCUUCCUGGACAUCGACGUCGAGAUAACAGGACCUGACGGUAAGCAAAUUUACAAAGGGGACAGAGAGUCCAGUGGGAAAUACUCUGUGGCAGCGCACAUGGAUGGAACCUACAAGUUCUGCUUCAGCAACAAGAUGUCAACCAUGACACCCAAGAUUGUCAUGUUCACCAUUGAUAUCGGAGAGGCUCCCAAAGGCCAAGAUAUGGAGACGGAAGCCCACCAAAACAAGCUGGAGGAGAUGAUCAACGAGCUGGCAGUUGCCAUGACAGCCGUGAAGCACGAGCAGGAGUACAUGGAGGUCCGUGAGAGGAUACACAGAGCAAUUAAUGACAACACAAACAGCAGAGUGGUCCUGUGGUCAUUCUUUGAAGCUCUGGUUCUGGUGGCAAUGACACUCGGACAGAUUUACUACCUGAAGCGAUUUUUCGAAGUGCGGCGAGUGGUGUAGUGCUAUUCAAAUGAUA